GGAAGGAUCCAUUUUGCCAGAAAAUUUACAGCAUUCCAAGCAAAAAUGAAUGCGUGUUUACAUUUUUUUUUUUGUAAAGGUAAAAUGCACAUUUGACCAUUGCUAUCAGUUAUUUGAUUAUUUGUUAUAGCAAUGGACUGCAAUUGCUCUACAUAUUUGUCGAGAUGAAAAUAUCGAGACCACUUAGAUUACCCCAUCUUGAAUUGGUACAUCCUAAUACGGUCUUCCUUUUCAGCGCUCUCAGACUCACUCAAUUUGCUGGGUUGUUUUACUGAUAAUUAAAAAAAACAUGGGAAAAAAUGUUAAAUGUGAUAUUGGAUAGGCUGCAUGUUACUUUUAACAAUAGUCGUUGUCGAAUUUCCUUUGUUUGAAUCACAAGAAAAGUGGUCUCUGGUUUGAAAGUGCAUGAUGCCCGUAAAUGGAGGGAGACUCUUCAGUCUUAGCAGAUAUGAGACACAUUAUUUCAAAAGCCCAGUCAUGGAGGAAACCAUGUGGGAGCAGUAUACUGUGACACUGCAGAGGGACCCCAAGAUGGGUUUUGGCAUUGCAGUGUCCGGGGGGCGGGACAACCCCAAUGAGGAAAGCGGGGAGAUGUCCAUAGUAGUGUCAGACGUGCUUCAGGGAGGGCCCGCCGAUGGCCUGCUAUUUGAGAAUGACCGGGUGGUGCAGGUGAACGCUACUCCCAUGGAUGGUGUGCCACACUCCUUCGCUGUACAGACCCUCAGAAAGUGUGGAAAAGUAGCCAAAAUUACAGUCAAGAGGCCCAGGAAGGUUCCGGUCAACCUGCUGAAACACGGCCCUUCCCCUGACGACCGUGUCUUCAACAACAAUGACUAUGACCAGGACCGCCACAGUGUGUACAGUGGACGCAGUGGUCAUCAAGAUCGCGACCACAGCCAGGAGAGGGGAGGUUACACAGACGCUGGCUACCAGGGACAGGGCUUUGACCGGCAUUACGGUCGAGAUGACCGGGGCAGGAGUAUGGAGAGGGACCUUGAUCCAGAGAGGCAGUACAGACGAGACGGCAGCAAAGGUCGGACUCUGGACCGCGAACGUAGCCCUGACCGCCGCUACAAAAGUGACCGCACUCUUGACCGUGACCACAGCCCCAAUCUGCGUUACCGUAGUGAUCUCACUCUUGACCGCGACCCCAGCCCUGACAGGCGUUUCCGUAGCGAACGCACUCUGGACCGGACUAACAGCCCUGACUUGCGAUACAGAGCUGGUCACAGUCCUGCCCGCAGUCACGGUCGCGACCACAGCUUUGAGCGGAACCGCAAACGUGUUCCUAGUGACCGCGACCAGAAGAAGGAGCAGAUGAAGAGGAGUGGGAGCAGGGAACGUCUGGACCGUUCACCCUCCCCCGCCUCCAUGCCAAUCCCCAUGUCCCGCCCUCCUCGGGAGCCAGAGCCCCUGGAGAAACCAGUUAGUGUGCUGCUACUGAAGAACAGGCCCAACGAAGAGUAUGGUCUGCAUCUGGGUAGUCAGCUGUUCAUUAAGGAGAUGACCAGCACAGGUCUGGCCUGCAGGGAUGGCAACCUCCAGGAGGGAGACAUCAUACUGAAGAUCAAUGGUACGGUGACAGAGAACCUGUCUCUGAGUGAUGCAGGGAAGCUGAUCGAGAAGUCUCGUGGGAAGCUGCAGCUGGUGGUGCAGAGAGACAGAAGACAGGUCCUCAUCAGGAUCCCUCCCCUGGUAGACAGUGACUCUGAGCUCGAUGAUAUAUCCGAGAUCGGGUCGUACCGCUCCUACUCGCCACAGGAUGACCGACGGGCCCCCACCUCAGACCUGUCUUCCCAUUCCUCCAAUGAGAGGCUCCGAGACAAACCUAGGGAGGACCCACCAAGCAGACUGGCUAAGAUGGGCGCCAUGCCGACACCGUUCGCCAUGCCGGCACGAGUAUCGGAUAGAGUUAUGGAGGACACGCCCCCUCUGCAAGCAGAGAGGGAGGAGUCCCGCCCAGAAACGCCCCCAGCACCGGUAGUCAAUGUUGCCCCAAAAGUCCACGCUUCCCCAAAGCUGCCACUGAGGCCAAGUAUAGAGGACCAGGACAUAUACGGCCCCAGCACGGGGAUGGUGCGUUUCCAGAAGGGAGAUAGCGUGGGGCUGAGGCUGGCGGGAGGAAACGAUGUGGGAAUCUUCAUUGCAGGCGUUCAGGAGGACAGCCCUGCAGAACAGGAGGGCCUUCGCACCGGGGACCAGAUCAUGAAGGUGAAUAACAUGGACUUCAGGGGCAUAGUGCGUGAGGAUGCUGUCCUGUACUUGCUGGAGAUUCCAAAGGGAGAUGAUGUCACCAUCCUGGCUCAGAGCAAACCUGAUGUCUAUAAGGACAUCCUGGUAUCGGGUAGGGGGGACUCUUUCUUCAUCAGGACCCACUUUGAGUAUGAGAAAGAGGUUCCCCAGAGCCUGCCCUUCUUCCGGGGGGAGAUCUUCAAGGUGACGGACACACUCUAUGACGGCAAGCUUGGCAACUGGCUGGCCAGCCGCACUGACAAAGACAACCAGCUGCUGGAGAAGGGUAUCAUCCCCAAUAAGAGCAGGGCCGAACAAAUGUCAAAUGUGCAGAACGCCCAGAGAGGAACAGCCAAUGACAGAGGAGACUUCUGGAGGUUGAGAGGUCAAAGAGCGGUAAAGAAGAAGGACCUCCGUAAGAGCAGAGAGGACCUGACUGCCAUCUCUGUCACCACACGCUUCCCUGCUUAUGAGAGGGUGGUCUUACGAGAAGCUGGCUUCAGGAGACCAGUGGUUGUGUUUGGGCCCAUCGCAGACGCAGUCAAUGAGAAACUGGGAAACGACCUGCCUGAAGAGUUUGUCAUAGCCAAGACUGAGCCCAAGGAUGCAGGCACUGAGAAGUCCUCCGGUGUGGUGAGACUCAAUACCAUUCGACAGAUCAUAGAACAGGACCGCCACGCCCUGCUGGAUGUAACUCCCAAGGCGGUGGACACCCUGAAUUAUACCCAGUGGUACCCCAUCGUGGUGUUCCUCAACCCGGACAGCAAGGGUGGCGUCAAGACCAUGAGGAACCGCCUGGUGCCCGGCUCCAACCGCAGUGCCCGCAAACUCUACGAGCAGGCGGUCAAACUGAGGAAGACCUGUUCUCACCUCUUCACCGCGACCGUUGACCUGAACUCAGCCAAUGAUGGGUGGUACGGGAGUGUGAAGGACUCUAUCCGGGCACAGCAGGAGCGGACCGUGUGGGUCUGUGAGGGCAAGUUGGACGGCUCGGAGGAGGACCUGGAUAUCCAUGACGACCGCAUGUCAUACCUGUCAGCGAUGAGCGCUGACUACCUGAGCAUGGACAGCCGGCUGACCAGUGACUACGACGACACAGCCGAUGAGGGCGGGGCUUACACCGACAACGAGCUGGACGAGCCAAUGGACGAGACCCAUCAGCCGGUGUCGGCAAUCAGCCGCUCCUCAGAGCCCGUACUGACAGAGAGAACCCAUCUUGCCCCCAUACCGCGUAUGAGGAGAUCAGGGAGCAGAGAGGGGCUGAGAGACCCCAGUCCACCCCCCUCCUUCGUCCCUGAGCCCCCCAAGCAGGUGAGGGUGCAGUCUCGCGGGGGCUACGACUCCCACUCCAGUAGCACCAUUAGCAGCGACACUGCCGGGGGGACCAAGUCAGCCCCGCCUCCAGUUGCCCUCAAGCCCACCGUGGCCCUUAAGCCUACUCUGAGGGCACUCAACCAGUCAUCUGAGGACCACGCUGUCCCGGAGGGAGAGGACCCGGCCAACCGCUCCUUCAUGGGCAAGGUGAAGGCCUUUGAAAAGAUGGACCACCUGGCCAGAGCCCAGAGGAUGCUGGAGCUCCAGGAGGCUGAGCAAGCACGGCUGGAAAUAGCCCAGAAGCACCCAGACAUCUAUGCAGUCCCAGUGAAACUACCAAAGCCCAACCACAACCGCCCACAGCCAAUAGGCUCCAACCCGGAGCCCCAGACCCCAUCCUCCAGGCCACCGUACUCUGAGAGUAGGGGUCAUUUCGACGAUGAUGAGGAAGAGUACCGCAGACAGCUGGCUGACCAGACCAGACGAGGCUACUACAGUAACCCCCAGAAAUACAAAGACACUGAGCUGUAGGACAGACAGACCCACCUAUCGCACCCUUCCGUUCUCACCCAAUCAGCGAGGCCCUCACUGUGCUCACUCAAACAGCCUAGUGUUACGGUUGCCUAUCCGAAUCUUUGGCCCGACCUAGUGGCAGGAGGAUAUAUCCCGUUCCUUGUGACCACUAACCAAGUAUGUGUCCUUACCUUGACUGUUUGUUUGCCUCACUAUGUGGAUGGUGAAUCGGCAUUUUAACCUCCCAACCUCAUAAUGUCUACCCUGAUGGGUAGUGUUUGAUCUUCACCCUCAACCCCUCGGUCAUAUCUGGCCAGACCAAUGGAGUCUGAGUACCCUGUCUUUUAAAAGAAAUAUAAACCUUACAUUUGUGUAUAUAUUUAUCUUUAUACAUGUUAUACAUCUUAAGCAUUCUUUGUUACAUUAAUAGAAAUGUAUUUGGACGGACAGAAUAUUUUGUGUACUGCUGCUCUAUGGUCUGCUAGUGGUGGAGAAUCUAGCCUUUAUCCUUUUAAAUCAUGCAUUGCAUACCCUUUUGAUUUACUCUACACUUGGACAUUUUGUCUCCUUAAAUACUAGAGAUCAGCACAUACAAAGUGCCUUUAGCUCUGAAAGUGUAACAGUGUCAGAUCACUGAAAGAACAAACAAGCAGUCAACACUUGGCUCUCAGAGGUGAUGGGCAAAACAUGCCAGGUUACUUCUGUAUUAGCUGCAUCCAUACAACCUGAUCACAUUUUUAUGGCAUAUACAGUAUAUACGUUUUUGUUUUUUUACCAGGAGAGUGACUCCUACUGUCUUUAACAUGUCUGUUGCUUUGCUCUACAUGUCUGUUGCUUUGCUCUACUAUUUUUAUUCAUGUUCCUCAGGCUGCUGAAAUCGACUGUAGGGAGUUUUACUUUCUCAAACAAAUACACAAAUAAAUAAUUAACUUUCACUUGUCUUAGUUCAUUCUAUAAAUAAAGGUGACAGUGCUGUGGAUAUUUCUAAUGCUGGCUCAAGCAGGAUGGCUUCUGGGAGUUAAUUCAACCCGGUGCAAAUUAUAGCAUAGCUGCAACAUCUAAG